AUGGCCAGCGACAACAAGACAGUCGUAAUCCAAUGGGUCCUCGACACCCGUAAGCUCUGGCCGCAGGCGACGCAGACAAGCCAGCUCCGACAACAUGCGGCGAGGGCCCUCGAGCUCCUGACGCCCACGCAGCGCGAGGACGCCCUGCGCUACGUCCACUGCAAGGACGCCAAGAUGGCCCUGGGCUCGCAGCUCCUCAAGCGCUACCUCAUCAGCCGCUAUGCCGGCGUGGCCUGGGACGCCGCGGUGGCCACGCGCAACAAGGACACCAAGCCCGUCUUCGUCCACCCGGACGACGGGUCCGAGCCCCUCAUCUUCAACGUCUCGCACCAGGCGGGUCUCGUCGUCGUCGCCGCGGCCCUGCACCCCCCGACAGGCGUCACGCUGGGCGUCGACGUCGUCUGCCCCUCGGAGCGCCGCGAGCGCGACCGGCAGUACGUCCGGUCCGAGGGGUGGCUCGCCUUCCUCGAGAUGCACGCCGACGUCUUCUGCCCGCGCGAGGUGGCCUACCUGGACCGGCUGCCCGUGGCGGACGUGGACGUGCGGCUGCGGUACUUUUACACGCUGUGGUGCCUGCGGGAGGCGUACGUUAAGAUGACGGGGGAGGCGCUGCUGGCGCCGUGGCUGGGCGUGUUGGAGAUGCGGUCGUUUGCGCCGCCGGAGGAGGAGGAGGAGGCGGGCCAGCUGGAGAUUUACUUCCGCGGGCAGAAGCUGGAUGACGUGGACAUGCACUUGGUGAAUUACCUCGAGCUGUACAUGAUUGGGACGUCGGUUGGGCGGAACAAGGAUGGGGAGACGCUGGAGAUUGGGGACUACGAGCUGCUGGAUAUCGAGGAGGUUAUCAAAUUUGGCGAGAAGGCAAAGGCUGGGUAG